AUGAAUCGGUUACUGGUCGUUUUUAUUUUUACUGUGAUAUUUUCGAUUGGAGAUGGAAAGUUUCAAUGCAAAAACAUGCGUGGGAAGUCGGUGGACUGGUUUGUCGUAUACAAGUUGCCUAAACUGUCAAGUGGGACAACGGGAAAAGAAUUCGUUUAUAUUGAUUCGGAGUCAUCUGUUUGGACCCGUGAAAACGAUAUCAACGAUGCAAAUGUAGCUGUCGGAGCAACCAUUUCUCAGGCCUACUCAUCCGAUAAAACCAACAAUUUCGCCUUCAUGUACAGUGAUGAUGACCCAAUCAAAGAAGCUGAUUCAUAUCGUGGACAUGCAAAAGGUGUUUCACUUUUCGAUUCAACUACUGGAUUCUGGUUGAUUCACAGUGUUCCUAAUUUUCCACCACUGACUAGUUAUUCAUAUCCCAAAACAGCUGAGAAAUAUGGACAGUCUUUUUUCUGUGCGUCCAUGGAAGUUCAACAUUUAACAGAACUUGCUGAGCAUUGGAAAUAUAUUCAAGCAACUCCAUACUUAAUAAAUCUUCCGGAUAAGUUUGCGACUCGAUUCCCAACACUGAGAAAUGUGCAAGCCAAACAAAGUUUACCUCGGUCAGCAACUCAAUUCUGGAUUUCGAAACCGAUAAAAACCGUACAAGGAGUUACUCUGAUGGCAUACGCAAAGCAUAAAAAGUUUGAUGGAGAUAUUUGGAAUGAUUUAAUUUCAAAACAAAACAAAGUAACCCUAGCAGUUGAGAGUUGGUUGAAUGGGAGUGGUGAUGAUCUGCAUACCACAUGUACAGAUUCCAGUCAGACACAUGACGUCACAGAAAUGCGGGUAACCGGGCUCAACUUUGCGAGUUCCAAGGAUCAUUCAAAGUGGGCGGUGUCGAAUUCUCAAACGAAUCCAAUUGUGUGUUUCGGAGAUAUGAAUCGACAAAAAUCUCAACUGAAACGUGGCGGUGGAGCAUUGUGCAUCCAGAAUCGAAAUCUUUGGCAAAUCUAUCAUUCCUCUGUUAUUCAAGUUGAACCUUGUAAAUCAUCUUUCCAUUUUUCUUUUUUCAGAACAUCAUUAGUGUUUUUAGUUGCAAAAUUUAUGAUCUCAUUUUUCUAA